GUCUGAGCGAAAAAGAUAUAUUUGUUCGUAGCUGCUGCCUCAAGGUCCUGUACAGUAGGGGAGUAUAAUACAUAGUAUAACGCGGGUGGAGCAAAAGUCGCUCCAAAAGGGCGCUCUAUUGUAGCAUAAGCGGAUAUAGCAUGCAGUGGCCUGGAUGGUACAUAUGAUUGACACUGACACCAGCAGAUAGGAUACAAUUGGCCAGAUAGAUUACAGCAGCAUGGCUGCUCUGGAAGAAGCCAGCUACAUGUGUGCAUGAUCAUGUUUGCAACAGCAUGAAUAUCCACCUCCUCCGCGAGAAUCGCCUGCAUAGCCAGCCCCGACCCAUUCGCUAUCUGAAAUGGCUCUUACCUCCAAACCCGCACUUUCCCUCUGUCACAUCUGGACUUCAUGAUCAGAAGAGCGGCUUAUUGAUGCGCUUUGACAAGUCACGAACCACCACACGCAUGCAGCUGGCUGCUUCGCCAUUGUCACUCAUCCUCGGAAAAAAUUGGCACGGGCAAGCUGGAAAAAGACGCGUCUCAGCAUGCACCCCGCUUUGCACUCCUGCAUAUUUUCCUCCGCAUCCGUAGCCCUCGUCUGUUUUGAACGGGGAACAGGUAGGUGGGGGUGGUGGGUUCCUUGGGUCUGGCAUACAGUGCAUGGUGGUUUACAA